AUGGGUUCUACUUAUGUUGUUGCAUUGCAAAUUGUGUUAUUUUGCAUCUGUUUGGUUUUGGUAGAUUCUGCUGAGUUCAGUUAUCCGGCAGUUUUCAACUUUGGUGAUUCAAACUCAGACACUGGUGAACUUACUGCAGCGAAGGGCUUUCAACUCCUCCCACCUAAUGGAAGAAACUACUUCAAAACUCGAAAUGGGAGAUUCUGUGACGGUCUUCUCAUAGUCGACUUCUUAAUGGAUGCGAUGCACUUUCCAUUUUUAAAUGCCUAUUUGGAUUCAGUUGGUUUACCGAAUUUUCAUGGAGGAUGCAACUUUGCAGCAGCAGGUUCAACUAUCCUUCUAGCAAAUGCAACGUCAAACAGUCAGUUCGGCUUUGGCUCUCAGGUGUCUUAG